CCAGCUGAUUUUCAAACUGCGCUUUGCGCUAGCGGUUUGCCCAAACAAACCUCUGGAUACGCCACUACAUAUUUGUUGUUGUUGUUGUUGUUGUUAUUAUUAUUGUUAUUGUUAUUAUAAUUAUUAUUAACAAUUUAAUAGGGCAUUAAUUAAAAGGCACCUUUGGUUUUGGAAUGUCUGCGCAUUCCUCAAAUAGGAAAUUUGUUUCGAUUUAUAAUUGAAAAGACGGUUUAUUUUGACUGGUUAAAUAUAAAGGUAUAUAUAUAUACAUGAAAUAUAUGUAGGUAAGUAACAUUUAUCAUGGCGGAGAUGGUUAAUUUACAGAUAUCCAGCACCAUAUCUCAAUUUGGAUCAGAGAAAAGAUUUGAAAAGAACAUACUUAUCUCGGCAUUGAAGGGGAAACUUGAGCUUAUAACAGGUGUAACCUCAGGAUGGAUGGAACUGGAAUUGUAUAAUGAAAACAAUGUAUUAAUAAGUAAGCUUGUAGAUGACAAAAUGUUGGGAUACUAUUCUCCACUGGAUAGCUGGCGAAUACAUGUUAUAAACAAAAACCCUAACACAGUAGCUGGAGAAUUUGAUGAUUUAUCUAAAGUGGAAAAAUAUGAAAUGGCUGAAGAUGAAUACGAUAAAAAACAAGAUAGUGUUCGAAAUUUUAUGAAAAGAAACAAGCUUGGUAAGUUUUCCGAAGACGCUAAAAAUGCGGAAGAACUGGCAUUGGAAAAAGAAAAAAGUGAAGAAGACCGAGCAAAAACUUUUAAGGUUGGAGAUCGCUGUGAAACAUCAGUUCCAAAACAAGCAAAGCGACGUGGUGUGGUCAUGUAUAUAGGUUCAACAGAGUUUAAACCAGGUUGUUGGGUUGGUGUAAAGUAUGAUGAGCCACUUGGUAAAAACGAUGGAAGCGUCCAAGGAAAACGUUACUUCACAUGUCUGCCGAAGUAUGGCGGUUUUGUUCGACCAAGUCAAAUGGAAGUCGGGGACUUUCCUGAAGACGAUUUGGGAUUUGACGAUGACGAUGAGAUGUAAUGAAGCGCCAAGUUUAACGCCGCGCCAAAUGGCAACGAUAAUCUUGAAGAAAGAUUGUCUCACUAUAAAAUGACAAAACCGAAUUGAAAUUCUGUUCAGAGAAAUGUAUUAGUACAAAUUCACGCAGAGAAGAUUUAAGACAAUAUUUAUUAUAUCGAUUCUCCCAUGAAAGUUAUUCAUAAACUUUUUAUUCACCUUGUGAAUUCAGCUUGUAUAUAAGAUUAUUGUUAAAAUAAAUAUGUGAAGUAAUCUACUGA